AUGAUGCCAGGCCCCGAGGAGACCCGCGGAAGGUCCCCGGCGCCGGGCGGCAGGAAGGGCCUCGCUGGGGCUGCCCGCGGCGCGCCUGAGGUGGCGCGGCUUCGUUCUGGACUGAGACCAGGAGAGGGACCGGAGAAACUGCCUUGUUUCAGGUCACGCCCCUCUCUCUACUCCCUUUCUUAUAUCAAGAGGGGAAAAACACGGAACUACCUCUACCCGAUCUGGUCACCAUACGCCUAUUACCUUUACUGUUACAAAUACCGGAUGAGCCUCCGGGAGAAGAUGCUGCCUUGGUGUUAUAAAAGCGUCACUUACAAGGAACAGGAGGAUUUGACACUGAGGCCCCGCUGCUGCCUCCAGUGCUCCGAGUCCCUAGCGGGCCUCCAGGUGGGCAGAAGUGCCGAGCAGGGAAAAGACCACAACCAGCUUAAAGAACUGUAUUCAGCUGGGAAUCUGACAGUGCUGACUACUGACCCCCUGCUCCAUCAGGAUCCAGUACAGUUAGACUUCCACUUCCGCCUCACCCCCCAGACCUCCACCCAUUGGCACGGCCUUCUUUGUGACCACCGACUCUUCCUGGAUAUCCCAUUUAGGACCUUGGAUCAAGGAAAUAGGGAAAGUUUGACGGCAACACUGGAGUACGUGGAAGAGAAAACCAACGUAGACUCUGUGUUUGUGAACUUCCAAAAUGAUCGGAAGGACAGAGGUGCUCUGCUACGUGCCUUCAGCUACAUGGGCUUUGAAGUGGUCAGACCAGAUCACCCUGCCCUCCCUCCCUGGGGCAAUGUCAUCUUCAUGGUGUAUCCCCUUGAAAGGGACCUUCGCCACCUGCCUAGCGAGCCUCCCUAAACAUGCUUAUUCCAACUCUGUGAGGGGCUAGAAGCCUUGACACAUGGGACUUGAGCCCAGGUGAUUCAGGGCACCUCCAUUCUAGGAAUAAAGGGUAGUG